CGUCUGUUGUUCAAAAAUCAACAAUAUUUGAAUGAUGCUCAUCCAUCCAUCCGUAACUGGUCAGCCACAAAAGCAUCAUUUAAUUACUUCUUGCUUAGCAUUGCAGAAGAACGUCUUUACUCUUUCAUUAUCUAUUACUCAUAGCAGUAAAAAUGGGUAAAAAACGCUCCCACUCCGAUUCCGCUGAUGAAUCUCCUGCGAAAAGAAGGAGAGAGAGUACGGAAGUCCGGAGUACCGACGAAGUCGGGUCCAAAACUCCCCGCAAAGAACAUUUGGAGGACCUGUACCUCCAGGGCCAUCUACUUGGAACGGGUGGCUAUGGGGCAGUUUUUGCCGGCAUUCGCAAGGCAGAUGGCUUCCCAGUGGCAAUCAAAUAUGCCAGAAAGACUGAAAAGAAGCUAGAACUGCCUGGACUUGACGGGCCCAUGCCAUUGGAGGUGGCGCUGAUGAAGCUUGUUAGCAAUGAGUCAUCUUGUGCCAACGUGCUCAAGCUCAUCGACUGGUUUGAUGGACCACAGGAUUAUAUUAUGAUCCUGGAAAGACCGGACCCAUGCGAAGAUCUCUUUGAUUUUUGCAAAAGGAAAGGAGGCCUCCUGUCAGAAGGUGUUGCCAGGCACGUGAUGGUGCAGGUCCUCCACGCCUUGCGUCACUGCCAGGACUCAGGCGUCCUCCAUCGAGACCUGAAGUCAGAGAACCUUUUGAUCAGGACAGACACUCUGGAGGUCAAGCUCAUCGACUUUGGCUGUGGCGAUAUCUGGACAGAUUCCCACUACACAAAAUUUUCAGGCACAAAGAUCUUCGCUCCCCCAGAGUGGUUCCUGAGCAGAGAGUAUCUGGCUGGCCCCGCCACAGUCUGGUCUGUGGGGGUUACACUAUUUACUCUAGUGUGCGGCUACCUACCCUUCCACAACCAGACGGCAAUCAUUUCAGGCCGCCUGAAAUUCCCCCCAUGGGUCUCUUCUGGCUGCUGCAAUCUAAUUCGCGGGUGCCUGAGACGCAAGGCGGCGAACCGGCGGAGCUUGGAGCAGAUUCAGCGCCAUCUCUGGCUGCAGCAGAAGUGACUGCUGACUAUUAUUGGGCCUUGUCAAUUAUUUUCUUACUGUUUUGAUUAAGGUUGAUUAGAUGAGGUUAUAUAAGAUAAGUUUUUUUAAGUUGUUAUAUAAGUUAAGAUUAUAUAAGAUACGUUUAUAUAAGAUAAGAUUAUAUAAGUUAAGAUAAGGUUAUAUAAGUUAAGGUUAUGUAAGUUAAGGUUAUAUAAGAUAAGUUUAUAUAAGAUAAGUUUAUAUAAGUUAAGAUAAGGUUAUAUAAGAAGAUUAUAUAAGUUAAGGUUAUAUAAGUUAAGGUUAUAUAAGUUAAGGUUAUAUAAGAUAAGUUUAUAUAAGAUAAGUUUAUAUAAGAUAAGUUUAUAUAAGUUAAGAUAAGGUUAUAUAAGAUAAGAUUAUAUACGAUAAGAUUAUAUAAGUUAAGAUAAGUUUAUAUAAGACUAAGAUAAGGUUAUAAAAGAUAAGUUUAUAUAAGAUUAGUUAAGAUAUGAUUGGAUAAGAUAAGAUGUCUUUGAGCCGACCCUUUAUCGUGUUUGAGGGGUUUGCGUGUUCCUAUGAUCCCAGGAGCUAUGUUGUCCGGGGCUUUAUGCCCCUGGUAGGGUCACCCAAGGCAAACAGGUCCAGGGUGAGGAACCAGACAAAUUAGGCUCACUAGACACCUUAUGGUAAGAAAAUCAUUGGAUCCACGAUUUCCCUUGCCCGGACGCGGGUCACCGAGGCCCCCCCUGAGCCAGGUCUGAGGGUGGGGCUCGAUGGCGAGCGCCUGGUGGCCAGGCCUGCACCCAUGGAGCCUGGUCAGGCACAGCCUGAACAAAGCACAUCAAUGGGCUCAUCACCUGUAGGAGGGGUCAUAGGGGUCAGGUGCAGUGCGAGUUGAGCAGUGGCCAAAGGCGGGGACCUUGGCGGUCCGAUCCUCGGCUGCAGAAGCUAGCUCUAGGGACAUGGAAUGUCACCUCUCUGACGGGGAAGGAGCCUGAGCUGGUGCAUGAGGUUAUGAGGUUCUGACUAGAUAUGGGUCGGCUUGGGCUCUGGAACCAGUCUGCCUGAGGGGGCUUGGACCCUCCUCCACUCUGGAGUUGCUCGCGGGGAGAGGCGCCGAGCAGGGGUGGGCAUACUUAUUGCCCCCUGGCUGGGCGCCUGUACAUUGGGGUUUACCGCAGUGGACGAGAGGGUAACCUCCCUUCGCUUUCAGGUGGGGGGAUGGGUCCUGACUGUUGUUUGCACUUAUGCGCUCUGAAGUGGCAGUUCAGAAUACCCACACCCAUUUUGGAGUCCUUGGAAGGGGUGUUGGAGAGCACUCCUCCUGGGGACACUCUUGUUCUGCUGGGGGACUUCAAUGCUCACUUGGGCAAUGACAGUGAGACCUGGAGGGGCGCGAUUGGGAAGAACGGCCCCCCCCCCCGAUUUGAACCUGAGUGGUGUCUUGUUAUUGGACUUCUGUGUUCAUCACGGAUUGUCCAUAAUGAACACCAAGUUCAAGCAUAAGGGUGUCCAUAUGUGCACUUAGCACCAGGACACCCUAAGCCGCAGUUCGAUACUCGACUUUGUAGUCGUGUAGGCAUGUCUUGGACACUCGGGUGAAGAAAAGGGCAAAGCUGUCAACUGAUCACUACCUAGUGGUGGGUUGGCUCCGCUAGUGGGGGAGGAAGCCGGCCAGUCCUGGCAGGCCCAAGCAUAUAGUGAGGGUCUGCUGGGAACGUCUGACGGAAUCCCCUGUCAGGAGGAGUUUCAACUCCUACCUCCGGCAGGACUUCUCCCAUGUCCUGGGGCAGGCGGGGGACAUUAAGUCCGAAUGGGCCAUGUUCCACGCCUCAAUUGUUUAGGCAGGUGACUGGAGCUGUAGCCAUAAGGUGGUCGGUGCCUGUCGUGACAACAAUCCCCGACCUGUUGGUGGACACCGGUGGUGAGGGAUGUCGUCAAGCUGAAGAAGGAGUCCUAUCGGGCCUUUUUGGCCUGUGGGACUCCAGAGGCAGCUGACGGGUACCGGCAGGCCAAGAGGAAUGCAGCUUUGGUGGUCGCCAAGGCAAAAACUUGGGUGUGGGAGGAGUUUGGCGAGGCCAUGGAAAACGACUUCCGGAUGGCUUUAAGGAGAUCCUGGUCCACCAUCCGACGUCUCAGGAAGGGAAAGCGGUGCAACAUCAACACUGUUUAUGGUGGUGAUGGGGCACUGCUGACCUCAACUCGGGACAUUUUGGGUCGGUGGAGGGAAUACUUCAAAGACCUCCUCAAUCCCACUGACACGCCUUCCAAUGAGGAGGCAGAGUCUGGGGACUUGGGACUCCUAUCUCUGGGGCGGAGGUCACUGAGGUGGUUAAAAAGCUCCUCAGUGGCCGGGCCCUGGGGGUGCAUGAGAUCCGCCUGGAGUUCCUUAAGGCUCUGGAUGUUGUGGGGCUGUCUUUGUUGACACGCAUCUGCAGCAUUGCGUGGACAUCGGGGGCGGUGCCUCUGGAUUGGCAGACCGGGAUGGUGGUCCCCCUCUUCAAGAAAGGGGACCGGAGGGUGUGUUCCAACUAUAUGGGGAUCACACUACUUAGCCUCCCUGGUAAGGUCUAUUUGGGGGUUCUGGAGAGGAAGGUCUGUCGGAUUGUCAAACCUCAGAUUCAGGAGGAGCAGUGUGGUUUUCGCCCUGGCCGUGGGACAGUGGACCAGCUGUAUACUCUCAGCAGGGUCUUGGAGCGUUCAUACGAUUUUGCCCAACCAGUCUAAAUGUGUUUUGUGGACUUGGAGAAGGCAUUCGACUGUCUCUCUCGGGGAGUCCUGUUGGGAGUGCUCCGGAAGUAUGGGGUGCCGGGCUUCCUUAUAACAGCUGUUCGGUCCCUGUAUGACUGGUGUUAUAGCUUGGUCCGCAUGGUCGGCAAUAAGUUGGACUCGUUUCCGGUGAGAGUUGGACUCCGUCAGGGUUGUCCUUUGUCACCGAUUCCGUUUGUAGCUUUUAUGGAUGGAAUUUCUAGGCGCAGCCAGGGCGUUGAAGGUGUCAGGUUUGGUGACCUCAGGAUUAGGUCUCUGCUUUUCGCAGAUGAUGUGGUUCUGUUGGCUUCAUUGGACCGUGACCUUCGGCUCUCACUGGGACAGUUCGCAGCUGAGUGUGAAGCAGCUGGGAUGAGAAUCAGCACCUCCAAGUCUGAGACCAUGGUCCUCAGCUGGAAAAGGGUGGAAUGCUCUCUCCUGGUCGGGGAGGGGGUCCUUCCCCAAGUGGAGGAGUUUAAGUAUUUCGGGGUUUUGUUCACGAGUGAGGGAUGGAUGGAACGAGAGAUCGACAGGCGGAUCGGUACGGCGUCAGUAGUGAUGCGGGCACUGCAUCGGCCUGUCGUGAUGAAGAAAGAGCUGAGCCAAAAGGCAAAGCUCUCGCUUUACCAGUCAAUCUACGUUCCUACCCUCACCUAUGGUCUUGAGCUAUGGGUAGCGACCGAAAGAACUAGAUCGCGAGUACAAGCGGCCAAAAUGAGUUUUUUCCGCAGGGUGGCUGGGCUCUCCCUUAGAGAUAGGGUGAAGAGCUCGGUCAUUCGGGAGAGACUCAGAGUAGAACCGCUGCUCCUCCACAUUGAGAGGAGCCAGAUGAGGUGGCUCAGGCAUCUGCUUAGGAUGCCUCCCUGGUUAUGUGUUCCGGGCAUGUCCUACUGGGAGGAGGCCCAGGGGAAGACCCAGGAUACGCUGGAGGGACUAUGUCUCUCGGCUAGCCUGGGAACACCUCUGGAUUCCCCCAGAGGAGCUGGCUGAAGUGGCCGGGGAGAGGGAAGUCUGGGUUUCCCUGCUGAGACUGCUGCCCCCGUGACCUGACCUCGGAUAAGCGGGAGAUGAUGGAUGGAUGGAAGAUUAUAUAACAUAAGAUCAGAUUAGAUAAGAUAGAGGAGAGGGGGGAGAAAAGGUAGUAUCCAGGGUGUGAGGAGUCUUUGAUGAUGUUGCUGGCUCUCCGGUGGAGUCUGCCAGUCUAGAUGUCCUUGAGAACUUGUGCUCUCUUAUUGAGGUGUGGACUGAGGAAGCCGCGCCGGGGCCCUACUGUAUAAGGCUGUUUUGACACUACAGAUUGGGGAAUAUUUGCAGAGGGAACAGACCUAGAGGUCACACAUCUGUUGUGCUCUCUUACUCCCUUACACAUCGCACAGCAGAUGUAUGACUGGCUUCCUAUGUAGCAGCGCAUUUCGUUUAAGGUUUUGCUCUUCAUCUGCAAAUCUCUUCACUGUCUUGCCCCAUCCAUCCAUCCAUCCAUUUUCCAAACCGCUUACCCUACCCCAUCAUAUCUAACUGAUCUACUAUAUAGACAUUCCCCCAAACAUUGCCUUCAUUCUACUGACAGUAAUCUCCUGUAAUCUCCUAAAAUCACUAAUUACUGACAGCAUGACAGGACCUUUUCUGUUACUGCCCCCUCUCUAUGGAACUCCCUUCCUAGUGACAUUAGGAACUCCUCAUCUCUCUUAUCUUUUAAAGACUCUCUUAAGAGCCUCUUUUCAAAAUUGCCUGUAAUUGUUGAUAGAACUUUGUCCUGUUUGUUUGCCUAAUGUGUGUGUGUGUGUGUGUUUGUUUUUCCCUGAUUUGCCUUUGUAAAGUGACUUUGAGUAUCUAGUAUAAAAGCACUAUAUAAAAUAAAUGUAUUAUUAUUAUUAUUUCUUUUUAUUAUCUGUUAUUAAAAUACAGAUUUAUUUAUGCA